CAUACGGUUUGAUCAACGGCUGUAACUCACCUUUUCCCAGAUUGAGAGAGAGAAAAACAGAGUCACUGAGCCAUAUGCAUAGUAUCAGCAAUACACAGUAUCAAAUACAUGCUCAUACAUCUUUCUCUGCUGGGGUGACUGUUAUCAGGUCGACCUUGGUCGGGUGGACUAUAAAAGAGAAGAAAAUCACUCUGAGAGAUAGCGAUUGGUGAAGAAAAAGUUCAAACUUUCAGCUUCAGCUGACUGUAGCUCAAAAACCUAGAAAAAAAAAACAAACAAAAGGGAUUCUUUUGUCAGUAAUAAUUAUGGUUUUGUUGUUGAAGAGAGAGGAGUUGUUUGAGUUGGGUUAGAUUUUCUUGGAUUUUGGGUUUAUUAGUUGAAAUCGAUUGUUUCUACUGAGCUUUUGUUUUUGUUUUCUUGGUGGGUUUGUUGUAAAAUUAGUGAUAGUGAAAUGCAUGUGAAGAUUUGAGUUGGGGGAGUAAAAGAUGGGGAAGAUGAGAGAAGAGCUGGAGCUGAAAAUGAGUUGGGAUUUAGGGUUUGAGAUUUUUGGGAUUGAAAAGAGUUGAAUUGAAUAUGAAGCUUUCAACAUCAGGGAUGAGUCAGCAAGUUCAUGAAGGGGAGAAGAAGUGCUUGAAUUCCGAGCUGUGGCACGCCUGUGCUGGUCCUCUGGUAUCCCUGCCGACAAUUGGGAGUCGUGUGGUUUACUUCCCUCAGGGUCAUAGUGAGCAGGUUGCUGCCACUACUAAUAAAGAAGUUGAUGCUCACAUCCCAAAUUACCCAAGUUUGCCACCCCAGUUGAUCUGCCAACUCCACAAUGUUACAAUGCAUGCAGAUGUUGAGACGGAUGAAGUGUAUGCUCAGAUGACACUGCAGCCCCUGACUCCGCAAGAACAAAAAGAUACUUAUCUUCCUGUGGAGUUAGGAACUCCUAGCAGGCAACCAACGAAUUACUUUUGCAAGACACUGACUGCGAGUGAUACUAGCACACAUGGAGGCUUCUCUGUUCCUCGUCGUGCUGCAGAGAAAGUUUUUCCUCCUUUGGAUUUCUCACAGACACCACCUGCACAAGAACUCAUUGCGAGGGAUCUCCAUGAUGUUGAUUGGAAGUUUAGGCAUAUUUUCCGGGGCCAGCCUAAGAGGCAUUUGCUUACCACUGGGUGGAGUGUGUUUGUCAGUGCCAAAAGACUUGUUGCUGGAGAUUCUGUUCUUUUCAUCUGGAAUGAGAAAAAUCAGCUCUUUUUGGGAAUUCGUCGUGCCACUCGGCCACAAACUGUGAUGCCAUCAUCUGUUCUUUCAAGUGACAGUAUGCACAUUGGACUGCUUGCUGCUGCUGCUCAUGCUGCUUCUACUAAUAGCUGCUUCACAAUAUUUUAUAACCCAAGGGCUAGCCCAUCUGAAUUUGUCAUACCUCUUUCAAAGUAUGUCAAAGCUGCUUAUCAUACACGUGUUUCUGUUGGAAUGCGUUUUCGGAUGCUAUUUGAAACUGAAGAAUCCGGUGUUCGCAGGUACAUGGGAACAAUUACUGGCAUUGGUGACCUAGAUCCUGUUCGUUGGCCAAACUCUCACUGGCGGUCUGUCAAGGUACAAGCUACAAGGCAUACCUUUACUGUGAAAGAUAUAAUUGUCAAGUAUUCUGCUCUUAAUUUUCAUUUAUUAUAUUUUAUAUCACUUGAAUGCACUUAGUGUUUUAGUUAAAGA